AUGAAGGCAGCAAUAGAAAAAGUUAAAGGGAAUUUAUAAUGUCAUAAAUUGACAAUUAAGGAGAUUGUUCAGGAGGUUCUUAAAAAAUCUGAUAUAGAUUUUGAGGAUGAUGAAGAUCUUAAAGUAAGCUAUACAAGGGUAUUCAUUUAUAGAAGAUUGUGGCAUUGCUUUAGAAAGAUCCGAAUCAAAGAACAUAACUGGAUGUGGAUAAAAUUAGAUUGUCAUUCUUUAGAUUCAAGUUUUUCUAAGAAUUAGAAUAAUCGAUGGGUGCUGAUAUGGUUUAAGGGUUAUACAAAUAAUUGGGUUAUGAAUUGCAGAAAAAAAGACAGAUUAUUUUUAACAUCGGUGAUAUCGGAAAAAAGUUUUAUAUAAUUCUGAAGGGCAGCGUUUGGGUUUUGGUGUAGAAGAAGGGAUUGUAGGAAGGUUCUGGUCCUACAGAAGAAGAUUAAAAAUAAGAAGAACAAUUAAAAAAUGAGAAGAAUAAGGAAAUGAUGGACAAUGCGAAAAAGAGUACGAAAAAGAAAAACAUAAAAGUAAAAUCUUAGGCAUUUGUAACUUAAGUAACAUUAGAUGAUAUCUUUGCCACAAUGACAGAUCAAGAAUAUUUGGAUACUCAAUUUCCAACAUUAACAAAAGUAGGAAUAAUAAAUGCAGGGGAGAGUUUUGGUGAAAUAGCAUUGACUAAAUAAGUGCCAAGGACAGCCACAAUAGUUGCAGCUGAAGAUACUCAUUUUGCUACAGUUACAAGGGAUUAAUUUAAUAAGUUAUUGUCUGUUUUCUAUGAGGCUUAAUAAAAACAGAACGUUGGAUUUUUAAGCAAAGUUGCUAUAUUUUCUGAAUGGAAUGAACAGAUGUUAAAUCAAUUGUAUUAUCAUUUCAAAUUGGAAGAAAGAAAGCUAUUCUAAGUGAUAUACAAGGAGGAUGAAGAGGCCAAGUAUUAUAACUAUUUAAGUACCUUAGUAAUGUGUAUUUACUGAAAUAAGGGGAAAUAGAAUUGUCGCGGUUUGUCGAUGUAACUCAAUAAUAAAUGAGUCCAAAUCUUACACUUCAAAAGUUCUUUACAAAAACCGAAAAAAAAUUAGAGAGAGUUCGAACUACAGUUAUUACGGCAGGUUAGAUUUUUGGGCAUGAGGAAGUAAGUGGAACUAUAACUUUAGGUUAUGGCUGGAACAAAAAGAUAAUAUAGAGCCAUGAGCAUAAGCCAGAAAGUUGUUUAUUUUGUAUUAGAUAAACAGAGAUUCUUACAGUACUUUUAGAAGGGAUAAGCAAUUCAAAAACUAUAAAAAUUUGAUGCCAAGAAAAUAGGUUAAAGAGCAUAAUCUUUGGAUAUAAUUAAAGAACUCAAGAAAAUUCCUUUAUUUGUUGAACCCAGAGAUGUUCCAUUCAUAGAACCUCACUAGACCAAGACUAGAACCAAAAAUUCUGUUGAACGAAUAGGAAAUCCAGUUGAACAUACAGGAUAUGAAAUGCUGCAAGGACAUGGUCAUAUUAACAAAGCUCACUAUAAUUUCAGAAGGAAUAUUGAAGUUAUUAAAUAGAAUGUUUAGAGUAGUGAACCAUUAUCAAUAGAUAAAGCACUAUUUCAUAUUGAGGCAAGUAAGGGUUCUUAGAUAAGCAUCAUCAAUAAAGUAAGAAUAAAUGAGAAUUAGGUUUUUCCUGCAGCUGCAAGACCCAAAUAUUCAAUACCUGAAUGCUAUAUUUCGUCUUAAACUAUUAUAAAAUCUUUGAAGUUACCGAAAAUCUUAACCGAGGUUGAUUCAGUCAUGCUUAAUAGAACAAAUAAGGAGUACUUGAAUAGUUUCAAAGCUUCCUCAAUCUAUUCAAAUGGAUUUCCUAAUGAAUCACAACAGACAUUAAAUUGA